CCUUGGCGGCCUAUUUAUAGUGUUUGCAUAAUAAAUGCCCAUAGGUCACUUAUUGUUAUUGGGCCUUGGGCCUUAAUGGAUGGAUGAAUAGCCAUUGGUAGGUUUGAUGUUGUUGUUUAGAGCCAUUGGGCUUUGGACUUAGUGGCCCAAUUGAGAAUCAAUUGGGAGCCCAAACAACAUGCCCCCCAGACCCGGUCCAUUUAGAAUUAAAUGGGUGGGUUUCCAGCUGUCAGAAGUCCGAAAGUUCCCUCUCUUUUUUGAAAAGGGAUGAUUUGCAUUGAUGACAAGUGUUGGGAAUUGUACUGUGUCAUGGAGAUCGUGGGUUUGAGGAAGUUGAUGCGCCCUUUCUCUUUUCUAUAAAUACUGGGUGCCUUGCUCCUUUUAAACUUUUUACUCCUUAUUUCAAACCCAUUCUCUCUCUAAAUUCCGGCGAUCGCAGUGCAAUUUGCUUCUUCAGAUCUACGAAAUUCGGCCAACUUUAGACUUCGGGAACUUGUGUUGUUCGCUUUAUCGGCGAAUUCCGCUUCGGAAAAAGGUAAUUUGUUUCUGAGUUCUCCUUUUUUUCUUCGUUCUUCCUUCUACCCCUCAAUCUAAACCCUAGAUCGAGAUUUCGCGACCAUGGCAAAGAAUAGGGGCAAAAACAAGUUCGUUGUUGGCUCCUCUAGUGAGAGAGAGAACGUGCCUUCGGGGAGGUUACCGAAAUCUUCGAGGGGUCGACCUUCGGAGAGGCCGUUGGAGAAGAGUUCGAUUGGUUGGGAUGCUUCCGAAGAUGAACGUGCAACCUCUGGUGAGAGAGCUGGUUUUUCGGGUGUUCGUCGUCGUUACUCCGAGUUUCCAGUUCAUUGGUCGGAAGCUGAUCCGAAGGGCAAGUAUGCCUCAAUUUUGCAUGAGACCACGCAGAUCGACGGUCCGUUGGAGAAAUCGGUCAGCGGUGACUGGUUGGUGGAAGCGAAGUUAGGGAAUUAUCAUCGGAAGGCCGAGGAGCUAUACGGAAUUCAGCAUGCCUUGGGGUACUGGUGCGAGCUUCCUGAACAAGAGCGUCCUCGGGUGACUCAUCCACCGAGGGGGUUCAUUUCCGUGUAUACUCACCAUUUGGAGAAUGGUCUCCGCUUUCCUUUGGAUCCGUUCGUAUCCGAGGUUUUGGUGUCGUACAACAUUAGUUUGGCCCAGCUCACACCCAAAUCUAUGAGGCACAUAAUCGGAUUUAGAUGGGUGUGUGACUUCGUCAAUUUCCCUUGCUCUGUCGCUAUUUUUCGGGAUCUUCACGAUCUGGUUCUCAACCAUGCUUCCAAGGGUGAUGGGUAUGGUUGGUGGACCAUUGUCAACAAGAAGUCCCGAAAGAGGGGGGAUCCGAACUACAUCACGGCGUACCCCUACCUUAGCUCUGACCACAAUUGGAAGACGGAGUGGUUGCUCGUCCGUGUGCCGACGGAUCCGAAGCAUCCCAACUUUUAUCGUCCUCCGAAGUGGUUCGUGGCUCCUGAUCCUGAUAUGAGGGGUGUGGCGGCUCCAGAUCGGAACCAUCGCCACUAUGUGGACCUCCUCCAGUGGUUCUUGGCUCAAGAGGAUAACCACCGACUGCCGUCUAGCUGGCUCCCGAAUCUCAAUUACAUUCUGAGGGAGGACAUUCUUGCUGUUGCCGGUCUCAGCAGGAUUUUUGACAGGGAGUACGGCUUUAGCUGCAUUGAUCCUAAGAAGUUGGGCAUUUCUUUGGAUUUGAAGACUAUUCACGACCCGGCUCCCGAGUACAAGUUCGGAAAAGAUAACCCUCGUAAUCCUCGUCUGAAGGAUUACGUGUUGUCUCCUUUGGGGGUUGCUCGGAUAUCCGAAGUUCGAGCUGAUCCGUGGGAUUCCGCCUCUUCUGUUGAAGCUGUUCCUGUGAAGGUUGUGCUUCCUGAGUUGAAGACGACUUCGGAUCCGGGUCCUGGGACUGACGCUGUGCCGCGUGCCGUUCCUUCGGUUUCAUCUCCGGCUCGGAUAGAUAUCUCUUUAUCUAGGAACCGGGAUCAACGCAAAAGGAAGGGUAGCACUCUUUUGAGGCCUUCCACGCAUCCGAAGAAAGCGAAGGCUUCUCAGCCCUCGGAGAAGGAAGCAGUUUCGGAAGUCAUGCCUCCUCCUAAGAAUCUUCUUCACUUCAUGCCCUUGCCAGGGCAGAAGUUAAAGAGUGUGGUGGUUGCUGAACCGCCGGCCGUGGAUCAGCCGCUGAUCGAGGAAGAUAUCAUCCCUUCUCCCCUUAAACCAUCUGCUGCUUUGGGGAUCGAAAUCCAGGAUAUCACCGAGGUGAUGGAGGCGAUUGAAGCCGAUUUUGUUCCUGGUUCGGAUGUCCCUGAGGUAGCUGGGGAGAAGAAGGAGUCUGCUGAUCUUCCCUUCGAGAGGGAGAAGAGUCCAGACAAGGAGAUGAUAGAUCUCUCGGGCCCCGAAGCUGCGGUCCCCGAGGUUCAGAAGGAGGUUCCCUCUGCUGGAGAGGAGGAGCAGCCCGAGCAAGGUUUGACGAGGAAGAGGCGCCACUCAACUUUGGGUUCUACUUCUACCUCGGCCCUGGAUAGGCUGAUCCAUGCUGAUCCCUGUUCGGAUGUUCCGCUAAAACGGAUCCCCGAAGAAGUAAGGGAGGCGAUGGCUCGAUAUGCCAGGGCUCCGAUUUUGGGAGAGGACCCUUUGGCUCACGUGGGAUCCUUGGUGGGCCCCGAGGCUGCUCGGGAGAAUCUGCUUCGUGCUAACCCGCAGUGGAGGGUUCCUGGGGCCGAAGAGAGGAAUCCGGCAAUGAUGGCCCAGUACUAUCUGAACGAGGCUGUUUUCUGGUCUUCGUUCGCUUCCGAGUGUAGCUCGGUUGAGGAGAAACAACUGAGGAAAUAUCGUGAGGCUUAUGCUCGUGAUAUUCCCAUUUUGGACCAGAAGGCUGGGCAACUCCUCUCCGAGCUUACGGAACUCAAGCAGCUGUACCUUCACUAUAGUCGCGAGGCUAGAGAGUCUGCUGAGAAGAUCGGGACCGAGGUUGGCCAGCUCAUCUUCCGAGUUGAAGAGGAUGCUGAGAAGAUCGCUUCCUUUGCUGAGGAGAAGAAGGAUAUGGCCGCUAAGUUCGCUAGCGAACUUGAGGAAAAAGAUAGACUCUUCCAGGAGAUGAAGUCUAAAUUUGAAGCGGCCGACAAGGAGCGUAAAGAGGCGGAGUUAAGGCUCCACCAUUUUGUCCAGCAUCGGGAGCUGAUCCAGCAGCAAGCUGAUAAGGUGCCUGUCCUUCGGCUGAAGCUUCGGGAAAAAGAUGACUAUAUUCGGAAGCUGGAGCAGGAGCGAGUCAACCUCUACACUGCUGAUCAGUGUAGAGAGCAGUACUGGAACGGCAUCCUGGGUGCUCGGCGCAUGUUUGCGAAGCACAUGCCUCACUUCCCUUGGAACGAGAAAGUUCCUCUAUGGAUGCAGGCCGAGGACCACUUGGUGGAAUGCCAAGCUGAUCGAGAUGAAGCUGAAGCUGAACGCCAAGCUGCUCUUGCAGAGGCUCGGGCCCAGAAGGCAACUUCCGAAGGUGAUACCACUGCUGGGGGUUCUUCGAAGGAUGCUCCCCUAGGGGCCGCUUCUGAGACUCCCAAGAGUUAGGGAUUCGGGCAGUCGUCUUCUUCAGAGUCGGUCGGUUCCAGUUGAGGACUUCCGAAUAUGUGCUUGCUUUUCCCCCUUUUGCCUCGGCGCUGCGUUGUACUCAUUUCUUUUUGCUUUCUUUAGUACUUCGGUAGGCCGGUAUUGUCUGUUGAUGGCUGCCGAUUUUAACUUGUUUCAUUUUGUUUUCAAUUUUUGAGGUUUUCGAUGUGUUUGUACUUCCCCCAAAUAUUGAAUAAAAAAUGAAUGUUUGUUACUUGGCUGCUUCUUUUCAACUUGUUCUUUCGCAAUUUUUAGGUCUUUAAAUCCGUAGAUUUCUCGAGCUCCUCUUUCUGUAGACUUGCUAAAAACCUUUUGAUCUUGCGAGCUCUUUAAAUCCGUAGAUCUGCUAAGAGACUCUUUAGUUUUGUGAGUUCUUCAAAUCCGUAGAUCUGCUAAGAGACUCUUUGACUUUGUGAGUUCUUCAAAUCCGUAGAUCUGCUAAGAGACUCUUUAGUUUUGCGAGUUCUUCAAAUCCGUAGAUCUGCUAAGAGACUCUUUAGUUUUGCGAGUUCUUCAAAUCCGUAGAUCUGCUAAGAGACUCUUUAGUUUCCAGACUCUUCAAAUCCGUCGAUCUGCUCAGAGGUUUGGAUUGUUCUUCCGAUCUCUUGUGGUUCGGAAACCUGGGCAAGAGAUCGCUAGUCUGCCUCUUUAGUUAUGCCUUCGGCGAUCCGUGGAUCUGAGCCGGAGUUUUAUAACUUGAUUCGAGCGACUGUUUGUUGCGAACAAAUUUUAUUAGGGUACCGCGAAUCCGAGGAUUCUGGACGGUUCCCUGAAGUGUAUGAUUUGGUCAUUUCUUGCAUUUUAUCAAGGAAUGGGCAAAGUCAACCUGUUUUUGGUCUCGGAUUGAUCAGAUCCGAGGCUGCAUAUAUAUAUAAAGGGACAAUAAAUGUAGAGAUAAGUUUAAUGAAACACAUGGUGCCAAUGGCUUUCCUCUUCUCA